GCCAUACGGAUACUGGCCAGCAGACUCGGGCCCUCAUCAGACUGUCAGACUCUCAGAUCCAGAUCCAGACUCGAACCCGAACUUGUUGAUCAGGCACGGACGCAGCAGACUCACGCACAACCUCUCAGACAACAAACAGACAGGGCAACAUCGAGCUGCUGGGCUGGCCAUCCACCAUCAUGCUUACGAUGCAACAGUAGCAGAAGCAGAAGCAGCAGCAGCAGCACCAGCAGCUAACAACAAGCUCCGAGCCUGCAUCUGCAUCAUCACAGCCGCACCCUGAUACAUACUUUCUUUCCCGAGCUGGGCUGGUGCCAUUGCAAUUGGCCUGCCGUCCUAUUGUUGUUGUUGUUGCUGUCACCGUCACCGUCACUGCUACUGUUACUGUUUCCUCUUCUUCUUGCCUCGACUCUGCCACACUACCGCAGUACCUGAGUGCAGUACCACCACGCUUGUUUCCGUGAUCGACAGACACUGCCUGCUGGCUGCAGCUGUGCGGCAGCCGCUGCCCUCGCCAGCUGCCCUCGCCGUCGCCGUUUGGUGACAGCUUCCUCAGGCCAGUCCCUCGACUCGACCGACCGCCUUUUCCGCCCGGCCGCCCCGAAGAGCGAGCCAGCGAGCGAGCAGCAUCCACUCCCUCCCGGUACCGACACGGCACGCUCCUCGCUACGCCCAGCCCAGGCCACGCCCGGCACAGCGCCCCGCGCCCCACGCCCCACCCACACUCCUUCUGCGACCGACCCGCGCCUCAGAAUCACACCCCGCUCUGAGAUCAUCCCCGACAACGCCCGCCCCACGGCCAAUCUCGUGGGGUUGUUUUGUUUUGUUUUCUUUCCGUCUGGGAACAACAGACAGAAGUGGAAGAAGGAGGGAAGAAGACCAGAAAAAAAAAAGAAACAGGAGCAAGCAGAAGAGCGAAGAGGACCGAGAGCAGCAGAGCAAGAAGAAAAAGGUCACAGGGACGACGACGACGGGCCGGGGAGAAGGAAGCGGAUCGAGGACACACGGCUGACCGAGAGAGCCCCGACUGCCCACGACCACGACGAGGAGGUGGAGGAGGAGUGGAGGAGGAUUCAGAGCAAGCCGAGCUGGCGUCAACCGAUUGAGCCCUCGACCCUCCCCGUUCCUCGACACGCAGUUCAAACAGGGCGGGCUCCGGAGCUUGCCCUGCCGCCCUGAACCGCCGCCCCCCGACCAGAAGCCGUCCGUAUCCGCCCCGACCAUCCCCUUGCAUGGAACCGCAACGCACCACCCUUGAUCCGACCAGCAGGGGCCACACAGGAUUUCCGCCGGGGAGGACGCCAUGCGAGCAGGCAGCUCCAACGCCGCCGAGCGCGCCUACUACGCCGCCGGCGGUGGAGGCAACCGGACCCCCGUGUCUGCGAGGACCCCGCGGAGGGACCCGGGUAGUUCCAACGCCGUCGUCCACGCCAGCGGCGGCCAUCGCGAGAGGGCUUUGCAGGACCCGGGCUUGAAGGACUACAGGCUGGGCGAUUGCAUAGGCAAGGGCGCCUUCGGGUCCGUAUACAAGGCGUUUAACUGGGGCACCGGCGAGGCUGUCGCCGUCAAGCAGAUCAAGAUCGCCGACGUCCCCAAGAGCGAGCUGCGCAUGAUAGAGGUAGAGAUCGAUCUUCUCAAGAACCUCCAUCAUGACAAUAUCGUCAAAUACGUCGGCUUCGUCAAGUCCCAGGACUGCCUCAAUAUCAUACUCGAGUAUUGCGAGAAUGGGUCCUUGCAUUCGAUAUGCAAGGCCUACGGAAAGUUCCCAGAGAACCUCGUCGGUGUUUACAUGACACAGGUCCUGCAAGGCCUCCAGUAUCUCCAUGACCAGGGUGUCAUCCACAGGGACAUCAAGGGCGCCAACAUCCUGACAACCAAAGAUGGCACCGUCAAGUUGGCCGACUUUGGCGUCUCAACCAGCACCCUCGCCGGUCCAGACAAGGAGGCCCAGGUCGUAGGCACGCCCUACUGGAUGGCCCCCGAGAUCAUCCAGCUCUCGGGCGCCACCUCUGCGUCGGACAUCUGGAGUGUCGGCUGUACCGUCAUCGAGCUGCUGCAGGGGAGGCCGCCCUACCACAACCUUGCCGCGAUGCCGGCCUUGUUCGCCAUCGUCAAUGAUGACCAUCCUCCUCUCCCAGAGGGCGUCUCGGCGGCUGCGCGGGACUUCAUGAUGCAGUGCUUCCAGAAAGACCCAAACCUCCGCGUGUCGGCGAGAAAGCUUUUGAAGCACCCCUGGAUUGUCGGCUGUCGUAGGAGCGACGCUCCCGUCUCCAAGAGACCGGCAAACUUCAGUCAGGCAGUCGAGGAGGUCAAGCAGUGGAACAAGGCAUUGAAGUCUUCGGAGCCCGCCUUGAGGGCUUCCACAGGCUCCGACAGCAGCGCCCAAACUGCGCACGUACAGCCAAUGUCCAGGUUUGCCGCUGCCGCCGCCGCCGCAGAGCCACACAGGUCGAGCCUUGUAACUCCCGGCAAGAAACCGCUGGGCAUCACGAAGACCAAGACGAACCCCGACGCGUUCCGCUCCCCCGAGGUUGCCAAUGAUGACAACUGGGAUGACGACUUUGCGACUGCCAUCUCCCCGAGCGCCCUCCACCUGCCGCACCUCAAGCCUCAGGACAACUUUGGGGGCAAGUUGUCGGCUGAUAGGCUCAAGCAGUUCGCCUCCAUCGACGAGACAAGCGCCAGCAACAACUGGGAUGACCAAUUCGAGGGUGACCUGCAAUCUGCUGCCAAGGGUGCCUCUCGCCAGUUCCUCGAUCAGGACCCCCAGGAACAGACCAUCCGGCCUACCCCCAGAAGGUCCAGCAAGUCCGCCGAGGCAGCCAGGACUCCACAGCAGCACGGACACCGGAGGUCGAGGAGCAAGCAGGUGUCGUCCUCAAGCGUGCCGCUGCAGCAGAAGCAGCCCACCAAGCCAGCCCUCGGUGGCAAGUUCGAGCUCCCCGUGCGCCCAGAGGCCAUUUAUCGGGAGCAGUCCAUCGAGGACUUUUCCGACUUCUUCCCCGAGGCGGAUAAUCUGUUCAGCAAGAAAGCUGCCCGUCCCAUCAAGAAGGACGAUGCGCAGCUGAUGCCACCACCUGAACUAAAAACCCAGCACUCUCAGCCCAACAUCCACAUCGUGCCACCUGCCGCUAGCGAUGACGGUGGUCGCCGCCAGCGUACUCACUCGCGGCCUCCAGCACCAGACGAGCAAGCACCUGUGAGGAGGACAAGGUCCCACAUUGAAAUUCAAAAGUUUGCCGAGGGCGAGGACGACGAGGACUUUUCCGACAUUCUUGGCCCUAACAAUGCCCUGGUAGAGAAGGAGGACAGCGACCGAGGCUCUGAGGACGGUGCGGGCGGCAUGAUGCUUCUUUCAAAGCUUUCCAACAGCUCCUGGCUCGGUGACGAUGAGGACGAGGACGACCCAUUCGCCAUGAUGGACCCAGAGUACAACGAGAUGGACCUCGAGGCCAACAUCGCCCGGGAUCGGCACGCGCGCCUGGCUGAGAGGGUCGAGGAGCUUGUGCAGCUGCUCAAGAUCGGCACCGAGAUCACGGGCGAAGAACGGGUCUCGGAUGUCGCCGAGGAGCUGGUCUAUCUGUUGGAUGAGCAUGAGGAUGUCAAGGGGCUGAUAAUCGGCGCUCAUGGCUUGCUACCCAUCCUGGAGCUGCUCACACUCCCGCCAGACACCAUCAGCACGGCCAAAGGCCGCCAGGACAUGAUCUUGUGGCUGCUCAAGGUCGUCAAUAAGAUCAUAUUCCGUGACAGGGAGCUGCAGGAGAACCUGUGUUUUGUUGGUGGCAUCCCAAUCAUCACCAAGUUUUCCGCGCGGCAGUUCUCCAACGAAAUCCGCCUCGAGACCGCCGAUUUCGUCCAGCAGAUGUACGAGACAUCUACCCUCACGCUGCAGAUGUUUGUUAGCUGUGGCGGUAUCUCAGUUCUUGCUGGGUUUCUGGAUGAGGAUUACGACAUGUCCCGAGAUCUGGUCCUCAUCGGCGUCAACGGCAUCUGGAGGGUAUUUGAGCUCCAGGGACCUACGCCUAGGAAUGACUUCUGCCGGCUCUUCUCCAAGGCAAAGGUGCUUGACCCACUGGCCGAGAUUCUCCACAGGGUUUUGGACGCGGACGAGCAGGAUGAGCUGUCCGAGUUCGUAGAAGGCCGGAUCGUCAAUCUCUUCUACAUGUUCUCCCAGGCGGACUAUGAGGUCAAGGAGCUGAUUGCCGACCGUGCAGUCCUCAAGACCGUACUGAAAGACCUGGAGACCAUGACACCUACCCAUCAGAUCACCAUGCUCAAGUUUAUCAAGAAUCUGUCGAGCCUACCAACGACCGUCGAGGUGCUUCAUUCCGCAGACGCGAUCGACUACCUCAUUGACCUCCUGUCGCACAGCUUGAAGAAGAACAUGCGGCAUUUCCGGGAGAUCUCCAAUCAGGUCCUGAACACCAUGUACAACCUGUGUCGACUCAGCAAGGAGCGGCAAGAGUACGCUGCGGUCCAUGGCAUCAUUCCGUUGCUACUCAAGAUCAUGAAAAUCGACCGACCGCCCAAGGAGUUCGCCCUGCCCAUACUUUGCGACAUGGCGCACUCGGGAAGCAAGGGGCGACGUUAUCUGUGGCAGAACAAGGGGCUGGACUUCUAUAUCUCUCUCCUUGCUGACCAGUACUGGCAAACCACAGCGCUUGAUGCCAUCCUCAAUUGGCUGCAAGAGGAAACGGCCAAGGUGGAAAGCCAUCUCUUGGGUGGCAAUUUCCCAUCCGCCAUCGUAGCCUGCUUCGAUACCUCCAAGGUCAACGCCUUUGCUGCAUUUGAUGCCACUCUUCUGGAGCCCUUGCUCAAGGUCUUCCGCCUCAGCCCUACCCUGGCUGCAUCCCUGGGCAAGCCUGAGAUGUAUAGGGGUAUUGCUACAAAGUUAGGCCACAAGAAGCCCGUCGUGCGGCUGAACCUUCUCCGUCUCGUCCGGGCCAUCCUGGACAGCUGUGAACCCGACCUGGGCGUCAGCUCUGUGGGCGGCGGCGCAGAGUUGCAGACACUGUUCGAAAAUAUACAAAUGCUUGAGAAGGACCCGGCUCUCCUGGUGCGCAACCUCGCGCACGAAAUCUCGAAGAGCCAUAUCGAGGGUGAUUAUUUCGAAACCAAGAGCCUUGGCAGUGGCUCACAGAACGGUGGCAGCGGGCGCUCAAGGUCGGGCGGGUCCAGGAGAAUGACAAGCUAUGCCACACCUCCGAGCUUGGUGCACUCGACAACUGCCCCCGGGGCGCCGCCGAGAACGCCCACGCAGACGCCGCAACUGCGGCAUACAGGGUCGGCAAGUGUGAUCCAGCAGGUGGCCCACACCCCGCGGCGUUCCCAGACAAGUCUUAUACACGAACAAGAUGCCAUGUUUGCAAGACCCCGGAGCAGGGGGGCAGAGAGUGGUCUUAUGAGCCCCGCCGUCUCCACGCCGCGACGCGUGUCCGGCGACGCCAACGCAGCGGGGAGGAGCAGGCUCCCCAGGGGCUCAGUCUCUUACUCGCGCCCUGGCACGUCGUCCGGCGGGCCGAGCCUCCACCACGGCAGAUCCGACAGCUCACUGAGUAAUAAGGAGAACUCAGGGGCCGCAGCCGCGGCUGCGGGGAGGAGAGGCUCGUACGUCGUCGGCGCGAGGAACUCGAGCGGCGGCAGCGAGAGCUCCAGUGGCUCGCUGUAUCCACCCUCGUCGCCUGCCAUUGAGCGGGACAGGCCGAGCGGCGGUAUCAAAAGGCGGUCGAGCAGGGUUCCCAGCUCGGAGCUGCGGUUUGUGAACGGUGGUGGCAGCAGCUCGUCAAGAGCUGAUGAAUCCGGCAAGUGGUCCUAGGACGACCGCUCUGAUCGAGGAGAACCACCGCCUAGCCCAACCAAGGCACCCACGACGCCUAGCAGCAUGCCCUCGGGAGAGGAGGGCGCACCCGGCGAGGCCAGUCCAGCUGCGGCCAGAGUCAGCCUGACCCGCCCAAGCCUGAAAGCCCAUCUUGAUGCGAGCCGUCGGCCACCCCAUACCCACCAAGUCCGACGUGUGGCGUCCUCAAACCUCACCCCAAUGAAGAACAAGGUAGAAGAUGAAGAGCGGGCCCGACCGAAGACGGUAGCAGCGACGAGGUCAGCGCCGCGCAGCGAGCAGUCGCCGUGUCGCACACGGCAUAGGCCCAGCCCGGAAAAAUGUACAGCGCCUACGCCGCCCCCUUCUCGGACAAAUUCGACCGCUUCUUCGGCGCCGGGUGGCAGGACGCCGCCCACCGCAAUAGGCACGGCCCAGGGUCUUGCCACUACGCAGCCGUCAUCCAGGUCAAGUCCCAAGAGGAAGACACCCUCAAAAAUAAAGCUCAGGGACAGUUUGAGCCCCGUCAAAGCAUCGUCGCCCUCAUCCCCACCCCGCUCGUCGCCUGGUGUGCGUGCCAGUGGCGACGCGAGUCCCAGGAAGAGGGACAAACCGAGGCUAAGUGCUUGUGCGAGUCCACCGAAGAGGACCCCGCCCAAGCUCAAGCUGAAGAGGAGCACGCCGACGACGGACCUAGCUACCUUGGGUCGCUCUCCUUCGCCGCAAAGCCCCGCCAAAUCCACUCCUUCCAGAACCGAACAAGGCAACACGGCAUCCCCCAGCAGGCGGAAGGCGCACAAGGACUCAUUGGAGAGAUCGGCACGAACAGUCUAGCGCUAUGUGGCAUGACACUGCGUGGAUUUCGAGCACUUAUCGAGAUGAAACCUCGGGAUUCGAAGGCCGAGAGAAAGGGUGGGGGAGAAAAGGAGAUACACAGAAGCGCGCGUACUCUAGCACUGCUACCUCUGCAGAGAUUUAAUUCACAGGCACAGGCAUGCAGGUUGUGAUUUCGCAUUGUAAAUUCAUUUGACUACACUACAAGUCUACUUUCGGAGACUCAGCCUAACCAGCGAGGCAAGACACGACACACGCACGCAUAUUAAUUCCGUAGGACAGACAGACAGGCAGGCAGCAGGGGCGUGGAAUGGGCAGCUGCACGGUGAAAUAAGGCACUACUAAUAUUUGCGUUCGUUGUUGGGUUGAUAAUCAAUUGAACAAAGCACAACGCAAACGGAAAUUUUGCACUGCGGGAAGACUGCUGGAUGUGAGCGUGACUGUGUGUGUAUUGUGUGUACAUGU